AUGGUGCUUGAAGCUACGAUGGUUGUCAUUGACAACUCCGAAUACAUGAGAAACGGCGACUACGUGACGAACCGUUACGAGGCGCAACUCGACGCGCUCGACUACAUCUUCCAGGCUAAGACCAACGCGAACCCCGAAAACACGGUUGGCUUGUUGGCAAUGGGCGGCGAGGGGCCCCAGGUGCUCUGCACGUUGACCGCGGACUUUGGUAAGGUGUUGGCAGGCAUCCACGCAACCAAGAUCCAUGGCACCACGCACGUAGCCACAGGCAUCCAGGUGGCGGCGCUAGCAUUGAAACAUCGCCAGAACAAGGUGCAGCAGCAGCGCGUGAUUGUGUUUGUAGGCAGUCCUGUGGGCGAGAACGAGAAGGAGCUAGAGAAGUUGGCCAAGAAGAUGAAAAAGAACAAUAUCGCUGUCGACUUCAUCAACUUUGGAGAGGAAGCGCUCAACACGGCCAAGUUGGAAAAGUUUGUCGCGGCCGUGGACAACCACGAAAACUCACAUCUCGUCACGAUCCCGCCGGGCCCUAAGUUGUUGUACGAGGCCAUUGCCGCGUCGCCGAUCAUCUCUGAGGAUGGCUUUGGCGGAGAGUCGUUCGGCGGGGACGAUAUCUUCAACGAUCCGAACAUGGACCCAGAGUUGGCGCUUGCGUUGAGACUUUCUUUGGAGGAAGAGAAUGCCAGACAGGCGCGUGAGGAAACCAGACGC